AUGACCAACUCACCACGGAGCCCGUCAACCAAGAGCACGAAGAGCCACAACAGCUUUCGUGAUACCGGCUUUCCCGAACCUUUUAACGGAGAACGCAACACCACAUUACCACAUCCCGACGCCAACUUGUCACCAAACGCCGUCAUCUCACAGGAUGAUAUCAACUCUAGCAGGGUGAUUGCCCGGACACGGCGUUCGUUCUUGCAAAAGUACAAGCGGACCAUUAGCCAUGGUGUUAUUACUCCACAAAUGGCUGCCAUGUACGGCGACCUCGGCAGCGACGCCGACUCGACCGCUAUUCUAGAGCACGACAUCCAUUCCAACGCCAGCCAAGCCAGCCUGCCCGCAGGCCGCUUCAGCAAGGACGGUUCCGACAGCAUUCUCUCGAACAGCGGUGGAGAUCUUUCACCCGUCACCUCUGAGCAAGGACGCAGGGCCAGUUUGCUGAAGAAGCUCGGCUGGCGGAAGUAG